CAAGCACAUCUCACGGUAAGGGGCAGAAUGAACUUUUGCAGUAGUCUGUGAAACUACUACUGGUUUGGCAGAAAGACGACUAAGAUUUCUCAAAAAAUAUUAUUCAUCAUGUCAGUGGGAAACACCAGCUUUGCAAAGGAUUUUGUCAUAGUCGGCUUUCCUGGACUUCAGCCUCAUUAUUAUGGCCUUGUAUCUGCACUUCUGUUCUUUGUUUAUUUGUUUACAUUAAUAGGAAAUGCUGUGUUUUUUACCUUGUUUGUAAUAACUAAGAGCCUCCACAAGCCUGUAUAUUACUUCAUUAUUAAUUUAGUUGCGAGUGACGUACUAUUCAGCACCACAACAUUACCAAAGAUAAUUAGCAGGUAUUGGUUUCAAGAUGGAACUAUUUCAUUCUUGGGUUGUUUUGUUCAGAUGUUCUUUGUGCAUUUUUUGGGCAGUGCCUGUUCAGUUGUUCUGGCAGUAAUGGCUAUAGAUCGCUACACAGCAAUAUGUUACCCUCUUCAGUAUCACAGCAUCAUGACAAACAGAAAUGUGCUCAUCCUGAUUCUGAGCCCUUGGAUUUUGAGUUUUUUGGGGCCUUUGGCACUGGUCAUCCGUGCUUACCCUCUCCCUUACUGUGCAGAUAACAGCAUUAUACACUGUUACUGUGAUCAUGUCUCCAUCACAACACUAGCAUGCACUGACAGAUCGCUGUAUAGUAUUCCAGCCCUCAUUUAUGCCUUUUUAAUACUUCUAGUGCCCUUUGCUGUUAUUAUUUUCUCUUACUGCUCCAUCUUUAUAGCAGUUAUGAGAAUUUCUGGUAGUCAAGGAAGAAUGAAGACUUUCUCCACCUGUAGUCCUCAGCUCAUCAUAAUUGCUCUCUAUUUUAUACCCAGGGUUUUUAAUUAUUUAUCAAGCAACAUUGGUUUAAAGUUUAGUACGGAUUUGCGAAUAAUCAUGAUUAUGAUGUAUAGUGUGCUGCCUCCAUUGAUUAACCCCAUUAUCUAUUGUUUGAGAACAGAAGAGGUAAAAAAAGUACUAAGACAACAUUUUUCAAAAGAAACAAAUAGGUAAUUCUUUACAGCUGCUGUGAUGUAAUCUGUUUCAUUAACAAGGUGGCCAAAUGUUUGCUACUGUCAUAAGGUGCUCAACUGAGAUAAUAUAUUACAAAAUAUAUAAUAACAUAUUUUAGUAGUUCUUGAACUAAUCUGAAUGUCAAUAUUACAGAUGUAAGUCUUUUGAAGGGCUGUUUCUACUUCUACUUACAGUGCUAAUAACAUUGUAAUGAUGAUAAGUUAUGUAAUGGGUUUGAAAGGCAAAAUUGAAUUAUUGUGUUGUGAAGUAAAAUAAAAACAUUGUGGAUAGAAAGCGUUGUCAAUGCACAAGUAUGCACCAAGAUAUCAAAAUGAACCUAAUCGAUUGACAUGAUAAUUGUAACCAAACUAUGAGACAAGUGUAGGUUCACAUCCCAAGAUCUAUAUGUGGAAAAUGUAAAAAUAUGCAACAUGCUCUACUGCAGUCCUACAGACACACAUCAUUAAGUGAUGCAAAUUUGCAGGCCAAAGUUUACCAAACUUGAAAUUUGGGUCACAGUGAACUAAAAAACAGCACUGCACAAGUCUUUCCAAUUCCCUGCAUUUAUAUAAGCAAUAACGAAAGGCAAUGGUGUAAAUAGUGAGGUGUGAUGGCACCUUUAUUCAAUAUUAGAUACAUCUGCUGCAAUGUCAGUAAAUAACAGUAACUAAAUUAUCUAGUCCCACAUGUGAGCUCUCAACUUUCUCUUUUCAACCAUCUAAACACAAAACAUAAUGCUUUUACAUGUGUUCUGUGUCAGUUCUAAAGAUUAUCAAUGAAUUCAUUAUGGUGUGUUUAGAUUUAGGUUUUGGUGUUUGACAGAAUCAGCCACUGUAAAUAAUUAUUGUUAUAGUAUACAAUCUCGAAAAAAAAAAUGUAAUUGUCCUAUUCUACACCCACAGUUUGGCACAUGCUUGUUUGGUUCAUAUAGAAACUGACAAUAUACAGUAACAAUGUUAAAGUUUGACUAAUGCUUGUUUCAUUCAAUGGAUUUCUGGCAUUCUGGCUUUUCAAUGCAUUUUAAUGGCAAUGAUCAAAUAAUUAAAAGUAAUGUCCAACCAAGUGGAAAUUGUGCUCUGCAUUUCUGCAUUUGCAUCCCAUCCUAUUGCACCUCCUGUAACUUUUUCAGUGUACUGAAUCUGUGUGGUGUAUUAAAGAGAAAACAUCUUA